UCGUGCAGGAGAAAAGAGGACUGAAUGAUAUCCCGGUACGGUAAAGUUAGCGUUAAAAGUUCGAACAGCCAGCCUGCCCUGUGGAAUAGGUCGUAACCCUGUGCCAUCUGGUGUCGCCGCGAGGAUGAGCUGAUAAGACAGCAGCCCCCGUUUAUUGUGACGUUAUUUAACACUUAUCUGUGCCGAAAUGACUCUCGCGCCUUUGCCAGCGUUGCGCCCUGAUGGUUCUCGGUGCUGGAUCGUUCGCGCUUUCACUGGGAUAUGGGCAGUGGCGCUGGUGUCGUUAAUCGCUCUGGACACCGCUAUCUGCGCCCCACACCGACAGCGUCUCAAGGUAAACCCGGAUCUUAUUACGAAGUCAUGGGACCCUUUCCCCGUGAUGGGCUUCUUCGUGGAGUUCUGCCAGAGCGAUCUCAACCGCACUGGACGGUGCAUGUCCCUUCCCGACUGUCGCUUCUCGAGGGGCACCCGGGAGGGAGACUGUGCGGACGGCUUCGGAGUCUGCUGCAUCUACGAAGCUCGCAACAACGUGGGGACGACGCUGUCCAACAACUCGUACUUCGUCCAGCCCGGGUUCCCGAAACCUUUCGCCGGCGGCGAAAACGUGUCACUCACGGUGCUGCUGCCCUCUUCCACCUGUCAGCUGCGGCUGGAACUGGAGGAGUUCCAUCUCCUACCCCCGGUUGCCGGACGCUGCCUCAACGACUCCCUGCGCGUCUUCGUCAACGGCAGCGACUCGUAUGUGCCCGAGCUGUGCGGACACAACGCCGGACAACACGUGGUUUUGCACUUUCCGGAGAACGAAGAGCAUAGCCUUCUGUCCAUCAACGUGGUCACUCCGAAAGCCGGCUUCGAGAGGCGGUGGUCGGUGCGCAUCGUUCUCUACAGCUGCGGCAGCAAGAAGUUGGCUCAGCCCGGUUGUCUGCAGCACCACGGCGGUUGCCGAGGUUCCUUCCGCAGUUUCGCGUACACCGAGGAGGCGUUGCACUUCGUGCGCGCCCUCAACUACGCCGUGUGCAUCGCGCGCCCCAGCUGGCUGCAAGCCAUAUCGCUCAAGAUACGCACCGUGUCUCGGUACUCGACGACUGCAGCGACCCGCCGCGGUGGCGCCGGCAACAACAACGGCGGCGACGGCACGGAGCAGGAUUGUCGGAGCAACUUCAUUCAGCUGCCGCCGGGUUACGACAGCCGGCGCGGCCUGGCCGCACCUGUCAGGAUAUGUGGCGGAAACCGGACGGUCAUUCUACACAUGUCUGUCCAAGGCCCCCUGGUGUUCUACAUCGUCAGCAGUGACGGCGUCGACCAGCGUACACAAUUUCGUGUGGACUACAGUCUGUACCCUUGCUCCGACAGCUCACGAUGAAGGAUAUUCCCAAA